AUGUCAGGCCACAGCUUUCGGACGGCCGUCGGCCGUCUUGUGGCUCUCGGGACAGUCCUCACCUUCUUGACUUUCCAGUACAUUGCUAGUCAAACAAGAAUUUCAUUCGGCUUUUACGAAGCCUUCUUUCAAUUCAGCUCCUGCAUCAUCGUGUUCAACUUCCUUCUCAUCAUCACCCGGUGGACUGAGUAUGAGCCGAUACCGGGCAUCAAAGAUAACCACCGUCUUCCUACAAUCAAUGUCAUCAUUCCGGCAUACAACGAGUCUGAAUUCGUCAGAAACUCGAUCUCCUCUGUUGUUUCUUCGGACUACCCGAAGGAAAAGAUUCACAUCAUCGUUGUCGAUGACGGCUCAUCAGACGAUACUUGGUCCCACAUCCAACACGCCGCGCAAGAGGCUCUUGGUUCGGAGCCACUGAUGAGAUGCACCACCAUACAGCAUGAGAUCAACCGUGGGAAGCGGCAGGCCAUGGCUACGGCCUUCGCAACUGCGAUCAACGAAGUCAUCGUGACUCUCGACUCUGACACCAUCCUCGAGAAGCAAGCCCUUCGAAAUCUGGUCAGCCCCCUUGUUCUCGACAGUGAUAUUGGAGGAGUCGCAGGCCAUCUCUCCGUCUUCAACGUCCACUCUGAAGGCUGGAAGAGCUUCAUUCCGCGGACGCUGGACUGUCUUUUUGAGCAGAACGGCAACAUCCCGCGGGCGGCACAGUCAAAAUACGGCUUCGUCACCAUUUUACCAGGUGCCAUUUCUGCUGUUCGAAGAGAAGCUUCUCAGCCGCAUGCUCAAGAUCUGGUGGAUGCUAAGUUCCUCGGCAAGCCUUUGCGACACGGCGAGGAUGUACAGCUCACAAUGAACCUUUUGAACGACGGCUGGCGACUCGGAUAUCAGAGCAAUGCGGUUGUCUACACAGUCGCGCCCGAGACCUUGCGCAAGGCAUUCCUGAUGUACGUACGAUGGGAAAGAAGUAACUACACCUACUGGAUCCUUGGCCUGGUCAAACUCGCCUUCACCGACGCCAAGAGGCUCGUUCUGAAUCGACUGGGCCUCCUUUCUCUGAGUCAGUCCGGCGUAUCGCUCGACUUGGAGAAGCAACACGGCAAGCGGGUGGCAAAUGCACGACAACCGGACUUUGCGCCGAUGCUGACGAUCAUCUGCGCAACUUGCGCGACCCUGUCUUGCGUGGAAGCGGCAUUUUCUUGGGUGUGGGGAGCCUUCCGCUCUCCGUGGGUCACGACCAUGAAUGUCUGUUGUCUCGUCGUCUUUGCGACUUGGUCCAGUCCUCUCUUAUUGGCCGAUGCACUCAGCAGAAACGAGGAUGACUCGAUGCCUCAGAGUGGACUUCAACAACCGAGAUCGGAUCAAUCAGAGAGCUCAUAUCCGCGGUUGAGGAAGAAGAUGCAGUACUUUUACUUUUCUACGGUUGCCAACUUCUUCUUUGUGAGCUGGGCAUCGAUACCAGGAACUGUUGCUUUCACAUUCGAUAAUGGGCCGUCUUUCUACACAGACUACAUCUUGCAUGAGUUCGCCCAGUUCAAUGCAACCGCGACGUUAUUUCUCGAUACCUCGUCAUGGCUCACAGAAGAAAGCCACUCCGGCUAUUGGGAGUCAUUAGUGAGAAGAAUGGUUGAGAACGGGCAUCUCAUAGGACUUGCAACCGAGUCAUGUGAUAAUGGCUCUCCGAAUUACGACGAGACCAAACAUGCCCUGGCCGAAGCCCGCGAGAGGAUAGGCAGAAUCUUCGUCUCAUCAACUUCCUCCAGCGGCCUUCAUCCUAUGUACGUAAGGGCGCCUCCGGACUGUACUAUGCAAAACGGCUGCGUGGAAAAGUUGACUCUCGACGGCCAAAGACUUGUGUUCCCUGGCAUCAACUUGGAAGAUCUACACAACGACCCUGGGCGGAAUCUAAACUCUACAUGUCUUCUCAAUGACUUGGAGUCUGCGUAUCCAGAAAAAGACUCUUUCCUGAUUCAGAUGCACGAUACUGAGCAGACUGCUCUCAACGUGGGUGGCCUGGUGCACAGCUUUGUCAAAAAGGGCUUCAAGCCAACUACAGUUGGGGACUGCGUAGGUGAUCAUGACCACUUCAUGUACCUGCAGCCAUCCCAAGGCAACCAGCCACUUGCAAAUCUUGGAGUCAAAAUAGGAAAUUCUUGGAACGGGUCAUUUUCACAGUUGCGUUGGGUUGGAUUUCCUCUCAUACCUCUUCUCGAAUUCAUGGCUCUUGCCGCCUUGUUCUGGACAGCUCGGCGGUACAGGAAAAUCAGGUCGCAUAUGCAUAUUGUACGAUAA